CACUGGUCUUCUCGGGUCCACGAGUAAAACAGCUCACAAGCCAACCAUGAACGCCCUCGCCGUCGUCGCCCUUUGCGGACUCAUCGCCGCCGCUAACGCCGGUGGCAUCGGCCUCUUCGGCGGAGGCUACGGCCACGGUGGCUACGGCGGCUACGGCGGCUAUGGUCUCGGCUACGGCGGCUAUGGCUAUGGUGGCCUCGGCUAUGGUGCUGGUGUCGCUGUCGCUGCCGCCCCUGUCGCUGUUGCUGCCGCCCCCGUCGCUGCCGCCCCAGUCGCUGUCGCCGCCCCAGCUGUGGCCGCCGCUCCCGCUGUGGCCGUCGCCCGCCCAUCUGCCGCCCUCGUCGGUUCCUCCUACGCCAGCCACGUUAACCACGGCGUGAGCUACACCGCCCGUGCUGUCGCUGCUCCCGUCGCCGUGGCUCGUCCCGCCGCUGCUGUCGCCGUCGCUGCUCCCGCUGUCGCUGCUCCCGUCGCUGUGGCGCGUCCCGCCGUUGCUGUCGCCGCUCCCGUCGCCGUGGCGCGUCCCGCUGUUGCCGUCGCUGCUCCCGCCGUCGCCGCCGUCGCUGCUCCCGCUGUCGCCGUCGGCUACGGAGCCGGCUACGGCCUUGGCUACGGCUAUGGAGCCGGUUACGGAGCUGGUUACGGAGCCGGCUACGGCCUUGCCUACGGACACGGACUCGGCUAUGGCCUUGGCUACGGACACGGACUCGGCUACGGCGUUGGCCUCGCCGUCAAGAAGUACUAAGCGGUACAACAUCACUUAGGAAACAAAUACUGAAUGAAUGGUCCCGCCAGAAGACCGAUCUUCGGGACGAGGACUGCAAGCAAGUCCGGCCUGCAUUGGGCUACGCAGUCAGCCCAGAGUCAUUGGUUGUUGUCGUUAAUAAAAUGUUUAAGUUAUUGAAAACAAACAAAUGCUUCGCCAUUUUGCACUUUCAAGGGGAGAGGGGAGGUAUAUAAAAGCAUGGAAAGUCAUCGUGGCGACAACCACUUGUAUUCUGCGCAGGCCAAACAAGCUGUGGGCACAAUAUCUGCUUGUUUCGCUUAUCCGGAAAUGGGCUUCAUGAAAGUGAUCAUUCGGGGCCACUUCAUACAUGUGCACGUUAUCAUUCAUAAGGCUUUCUUUACUUUAGUCUCCCUUGAACUCCAGCUGACUACAGCAGGGAGUUCAGUGGCUUUGUACAUCUCUUCUUGUUUUCCUUCUUUGUUUUCACGGCUUGUGUAUAUCCUCGCUUUGCUUGCAACAAAGCCUUGAUAAUAAACAAAAGCUUCUGAGAACCUUGCA